UCUAUGUAUAAGUUCAGUAACAGUUUCCUAUAUUUUGGUUUUACUAAUGUGUAAUACAGAGACCUAUAUAUUUUUUUUUACUGAUGUUGUGUAAUACAGUGGUUUGAUGAGAAACAAUGAUUUUAUUUGAUACAGUAAUUUGAUAUAAGGCACUGAUUUGAUGUAAUACAGUGAUUUGAUUUAAUACAGUGAUUUGAUGAACUUUUAUUGCAGAUACCACAGUGAGGUGAUGUCUUCAAAAAGCAGAAAAAUGCCACCAGGGCCAAGAACACCAGGUUUGAAAAGACAUGACUCCUCCUUUGAUUUUAUUAUAAGGGAAAGUCUCAAAGCGCUACCCCGCGUUCACAACAGAGCCAGUCGUCAAAGAAACCAACACAGGAGAGGUCCAAGACGACAGCCAGGGCAAAUGCAGCUAGUCAGUCAAUGCUGAAGGAGGGGUUUGAUCAAGAGGCAGAGGAACAGUUUAGAAGGAUGAUAAAAGGAGAACUAGACAACAUCCCAAACAUUCCCAGAUCUAUCGUCCGAAUCUUCAUCAGCUCAACAUUCUCGGACAUGCGGGCAGAGCGAAAUGCAAUUGUUCGGGAGGCAACACCAAAACUGCGAGACUUCUGUGCGGAACAUGACCUUGAUUUCCAGAUGGUGGACAUGAGGUGGGGUGUGACAGACGACAGUCAGAAUGACCACAGUGUGGAGAAGAUUUGCUUACUGGAGGUGGAAAACUGUCAGAAAAUCUCCCUGGGACCUAACUUUGUGCUUAUAAAAGGCUCCCGAUACGGCUUCCGUCCCAUCCCUACUGAGAUAUCGUCGGAGGACUUUACACUACUUACCAGCUACACUACCAAUCCUGAACAUACAAAGCUGCUACAUACCUGGUACAAGAAGGAUGACAAUAGCCAACCCCCACAGUAUAUCCUACAGCCAAUCAGAUCUCAGUUUACAUUUUUUGGAGACUACUCACCUGGGUGCGAUGAGCCACGUGCGAAAGACACAGAAAACUGGCGCCAGACAUUUGAACAGUUACAAUUAAUCCUCAGACAAGCUGCCAAGACUGCUGCUGAUGCAGGCAAAAUAUCCUCUAGUGCCCUCCAGGAGUACUAUCAGUCAGUGACAGAGACAGAGAUAAAGAAAGGCUUACUAGAUGCCAAAGAUCCAGUUGCCCACACUAUGGUUUACUCCCGAACCUUUACUGGACUCAACAAUGAGUCUUUGUCUGACAAGGAUAUCAAAAGAUACAUUGAGAUCAAAGACAACAAUGGCGAGCUUGAAGUUGACACGGAAAUAGAAAGUUUGCGGAAUCAACUUUUAAGCAAAAUUAAGAAGAAAUUGAAAGGAUCAAACUGUCAUGAUUAUGAAAUCCCAUGGAUGUCUGGAGGUGUCGAUCCAAACGCAAAUGUUCCCCAUGGAAAGUACAUUGAAUCUUUCUGUAAUGACUUUCAAUCUGACAUGAAAGGUUUGAUCAAGGAUGGGAUGGCGGACUACCUACCAAAAAUACGAUUUUCAGGAUGGUACACAGAUUACGCUGAACUGAUUCACCAUCUCCAGUUCUGUAACACCAAGUGUGAAACGUUCUGUGGACAGGCUGAUGUUCUUGAUAGUGUAAAGUCCUACAUCCUCACUGACACAUCACGCAAGCCCCUUGUUCUACAUGCUCCAUCAGGGGCAGGAAAGACAUCCAUCAUGGCUAUGAUCAUGAAAAAUCUGUCAUCCUGGUUUAAGAAAAAGAAUCAUGUUGCAGUCAUCCGCUUCCUUGGUACAAGCCCUCUAAGCACCAACAUUUAUGAUGUUUUGUUUGGUGUAUGUGGACAACUCGCGGACAUUGCUGAGAUCAUCAUGGAACCAGUGUCCUAUAAGAACAUGAAAAAUUUGCUCGAGUAUGUGCCAAGGCUUUUCCGGCGGGUGGCCAGUGCCAUUAAAUCCCCAGUCGUCAUCCUCCUCGAUUCUUUAGACCAGCUGACAGCCAACCAUGAUGCCCACUCAUUGGCAUGGUUACCUACGAUACUGCCAUCCAAUAUCAAACUGAUUGUGUCCACAUUGCCAGAAGAACAUGGUAUCCUUGAUAACCUGAAAGACAUGCUCCCAAUUGACGAUAAUUAUAUCGCAGUUUCUACACUCUCUGUGACAACAGGCAAGGAGAUCGUCAACAAAUACCUAAGUCAGAGGAAGCGAACUGUGACAGACAACCAGCUGAAGGUCCUUAUGUCCUAUUUUACUCAAGCGCCAGGGCCGCUUUAUCUCAAAUUGUUGUUGGAUGAAGCAGUCAGAUGGAGAUCCUACACACCUGAACAUGAAAAUGUACUGGCUGAUGCAGUUAGGAGUGCUAUCAAACAGUUAUUUCAGACCUUGGAGACAAAAUUUGGCGAGGUGAUAACAAACCAUGCACUUGGUUACAUCACUAUUGCCAUGAACGGUGCUUCGGAAACAGAGAUUGAAGACGUCCUCUCCUGUGAUGACGAAGCUCUCAACGACGUAUACCGUUACCAUGACCCACCCGUAGAAGGUAUUGUUCGCAUACCGCCAGUCCUUUGGGCUCGUCUCCGCUACGAUCUCAAUGAAUAUCUUGUUGAGAGGCGGACUCACAAUAAGUACACAUUGAACUGGUACCACAGACAGUUUAUAGAAGCUGCACGUACGCUUUACACACAGGGAAAGGCUGGUCAGAAACUCCAUAGGAAUUUCUCCGAAAUCUUCAUGUCCGAUUCAGUAAACGCAGCAUUCAGCUUCAGUGGAGGAAAACAACCAUAGAAAAUGCUGA